AUGGCUUUGACUCCUCCGCAGACAACAGAAUUUAUUUUGGAAGGAAAUAGUAGUGAAGGAUCCUUCGACAAUUCUACCACCACUGAGGUUGCAGACUCCUUGAAAAAAGCUAUGGAAAUUCUCUCCUGCACAAACUACUUUCUACAGCCACUAUUUCUGAUAUUAGGAUUGGCGGGACACACUCUGACUGUCAUCAUCAUGCAGAGGAGAAGGUACAGUCAAUUGGCAUCUAGAUUUUUUCUGAUAGCCCUGGCACUGUCCGAUUCCGUACUUCUGCUUACACAGGUCUUUAACAAAAAUUUCGUUCUGACGUAUCUCCGGAUGGAUGUUCGGGCGUUGUCAAGCGUCGGCUGUAAGGCUUUCUUUGUCAUUUUCAAAACAGCGAAAAUGUCGUCAUCAUGGUUUUUGGUCUUCAUAUGCUGGGAAAGAUUUGUUGCUGUAUGGUUUCCACUGAAAGCUAAAUUUAUCUGCACAAAACGUGUAGCCUGGGCCCUUAUCCUGAUUGUAUAUGUUCUCAUAACCACGUACACGUCUGUUUGGAGCUACGCCUCUCAAAUAACGAAAAAAAACAUCUGUCACCCUGAUGUGUAUGACAAAACGAAUACGUCCGAAGUUAGUCGAUUCGGCACCUUUCUUAUAGGAGGUCUGUCCAUCUAUUCACUAAUUCCUAUGAUCUUCCUGAUAACAAUGACUCCUUUGAUUGUAUUGAAGCUUGCACGCCAAGGCAGGAAGCGGAAGUCCAUGGUAGGAAAAUCAUACAGGAAGACGUCAUCGUCCGAUUCAAGCAGAACCACGUUCAUGUUGGUAGGGGUCAUGGUUGCCUACAUUCUGCUCAUCUCUCCUGUGACAGCUCUUCAUAUGAGUGCGUUUUUCUUACGGCUGAAUGCUUUCGGGUCGAAUGCAUCGGGGUUUCUGAUUUUCAAAGAAGUUUGUCAAAUUUUGGAGCAAAUAAACUAUGCCAUCAAUUUCUAUCUCUACGUUUUGACGUCAAGCCUAUUUAGAGUCGGUCUUAAGGAAUUAUUCUGUUGUAGAAGUCAGGGACAGUUGUCACGUGGUAGGAGCUUCGGAAAGACUUCCUCUGGCUCAGAUUUCCACAGCAGCAGAAGAACAAUCAAUGAAUCAGAAGACAUUUCAACAAUCGCAAAAUUACAAGUCGUAUAG